AACUCCCUCACGUCAACCAUGAGAGGAACACUCGUCUUAUGUGGAAUGCUCACCAUAACUGCCUACCUUCACACCUCGGAGGGAUGGCUGCUUGAACAGAUGGCAAACAGGCGGGACUACGAGGUGGUGCGCCCGAUAAGACUCCAUCGUCGGUACAGCAGAGACACAGAGCUUUUCAGACCAGACGAAGUGAAGUAUAUAAUUAAAUUGAAUGGGAAGGACAUAGAGAUGUACUUGCAGCAGAACAGAGAGCUGAUAAGCAACGACUAUAGCGAGACGCACUACAACAGCAGGGGAACAAGGGUGUCAACGUCCUACACUCAGGAUAAGAGUCAGUGCUAUUACCUUGGGAAGAUUGUUGGCGACAGCCAAUCAGCCGUCUCCAUGAGCACCUGCUCCGGCCUCAGUGGAUUCAUCAGGACUGCAGGGAAAGAGUAUGUAAUUGAGCCGUUGGCGGGGACUGACACCGGGGACCACGCAGUGUUUAAGUACAGUAACCUGCGUCAGGUUCCAUUGCACUGCGGCGUCAACAACGUGAGCAUACACCAUGCGCUUCCAUCUUUUGCCGUGAGAGAGCGCUCCCGAACCACAUCUCCUUUGGAUAUACAGAAAUACAUUAAGAUGUACCUGGUAGCGGACCACAGCGAGUACCUUAUGAUGCAGCAAGACACUAACAAAACCAGGAGGAGGAUGUUUGAGAUAAUUAAUUUUGUUAACAUGGUCUACAGACCCCUAGGGACUGCAAUUGUCCUUGUGGGACUGGAUAUAUGGAAAGAUGGUGACAAAAUCCCUGUUGAGAAAGACCCUCGUUCGACUUUGGAUAGUUUUACAAAAUGGAGAAACGAGGUCCUCAUGAAAGGAACACAUGACAAUGCUCAGCUGGUAACGGCAGUUGAGUUUAAUGAAGGAGUUAUUGGCAGAGCCUUUGAAGAAGGAAUGUGCACAGACUUCUCCACUGGAGUAGAGCAGGAUCACAACGCGAGUCCCUUCCCCACCGCGGCGACGCUGGCUCACGAGCUGGGGCACAAUCUGGGGAUGGACCACGACAAGGGCAGCCACUGCUCCUGUGCGGAGGCUCCGUGCAUCAUGUCCAGCCACCUGGGUGACUCAGCUCCGAGACAUUUCAGCAGCUGCAGUGUGGCGAAUUACACCUCCUUCCUGGAAAAGAAAGGUGUCAUGGCCUGCCUCACUGCCAACCCUUUUAACGAAACAGUGAUCCCAGUAUGUGGGAAUGGCAUUCUGGAAAAAGGAGAACGCUGUGACUGUGGCCUUCCAGAGGAGUGCACAGACCCAUGCUGUGAUGCUCUGCGCUGUGAUUUAGCUGAAGGAGCUCAGUGCGACAAAGGGGAGUGUUGCAAGGAUUGCAAGUUCAUCCGGUUCACCAAACAGUGCAGGGCCCAGGCAGGCCAGUGUGACCUUCCAGAGUACUGCAUGGGCUCCUCAGCUGACUGCCCAGAGGACACUUUCCUGCAGGACGGCAGCCCCUGUUCAAACAACACAGGCUACUGCUUCAACGGCCGCUGCCCUAAUAGGGUAGAGCAGUGCAAGGCAGAGUGGGGAAAUGAUACACAGGAGGCUGAGGAUCACUGUUAUCAUGUCAACUCUACAAAGGAUGCAAUGUGUGAAAUGUUGCUGUGCAGCAGUGGAAACGGCGAUCAGAACAGCACAUCCAAUCACACAUGCACAGACGCCAUCUCAACUCACAACAGCUCAGAUCACAUCCAGGUUCUAAAUGGCACCAAGUGUGGUGAAGAGAAGGUUUGCAUGAGUAAGACGUGUGUGGAGCUGGGAGCGGCGUAUGUAGUGGGUCAUUGCAGAGAGGACUGUAUGGGGCAUAAGGUGUGCAACAAUAAAUUGGAGUGUCAGUGUGAAGCAGGCUGGAUCCCUCCUCAGUGUGACCAGAAUCAUCAGAAUUUAACCAAAAGUCACCCGACAGGACUCCAAAAAGGGGCAGUCAUUGCUAUUGUGAUCAUCAUAGGGGGGACUGUUGGGACGUUGGUGCUGCUGGUAUUGGUCAAAACUGUGUUGUUCUGCAGGAAUCAUAAAAAGGGAAUCAGCCAACCCAGACACUCUCCAAAUAGCCCAGAGGCGGGGUUGGACAGCGUUGGCUUCUACAGGGAGCGAGUAAAUGUCUACGCAAUUAAUGUAGAUCCCCCCUUUCAGACACCACCAGAUCAAUCGCACCCUUCUGCUUGAGCUGCAGAUGCGACUGGAGAUCAGAUGAGGGCGGGUGUGAAGAUCCUCCUAGCCUGUGGCCCCUGUGGCCCCUCCUCUCUCCUCCUGGGCUGGAAGAAUGAUGGAGUAGCAUGGCUGUGCUCUGGUCAGCAGCUGUGGGCUUUGCUCAGGGCAGCACAUUUAUUAUCCUCUCCACAGCAGCCUGGGCUUAUACACAAUAGACCUAAUCAGAAUGUUUGUAAACAAAGGUUGCCAAGGUACUUCCGGGUGGCUAACUGUCAUCCUGUCAACAGUUGUUAGUAUAGUAUCAUAGCAUAGUAGUUUAUAGUUGUUCUGCCUCUAGGCAUUUAAUUUGAAUUGUCGAAUUUGUAAAAAUUUCAGUUUCAUCCAGACUUUGAUUUUGACGUUGUAAUUUUGAGCCGUGCAGGAAGUAGGCAGGUAAAAUUGUUCAGAAUAAUGUAGAAACUGCAGGCUGACGGUCAUUACACCGGAGAGAUUCCUUAUUACAGGUUGAUUCCCCAGCAGAGGCAUCGCUGUAUCUUGUUAUAACUAAGUUAAUUUCAUUGUUUAAAAACGUAGUUAUAAUGCUAAAAAAGGCAAUGUUAAAACGUGGAUGCUAUUAGGAAAUGUUAACAGUUAGCUUAACAUGUGCUUUCUUUACUUCAUGGAACUAG